AUGUUUGCGAAAAUAUAUUUCUUUCUCUAUCUCUCUAUAUCUCUCUGCCUGUCUGUCAGACUCUCUCUAUAUCUCUCUGCCUGUCUGUCAGACUCUCUCUAUAUCUCUCUGCCUGUCUGUCAGACUCUCUCUAUAUCUCUCUGCCUGUCUGUCAGACUCUCUCUAUAUCUCUCUGCCUGUCAGACUCUCUCUAUAUCUCUCUGCCUGUCUGUCAGACUCUCUCUAUAUCUCUCUGCCUGUCUGUCAGACUCUCUCAAUAUCUCUCUGCCUGUCUGUCAGACUCUCUCAAUAUCUCUCUGCCUGUCUGUCAGAAUCUCUAUAUCUCUUUGCCUGUCAGACUCUCUCUAUCUCUCUAUAUAUCUCUGCCUGCCUGUAAGACUCUCUCUAUCUCUCUAUAUCUCUCUGACUGUCUGUCAGACUCUCUCUAUCUCUCUAUAUCUCUCUGACUGUCUGUCAGACUCUCUCUAUCUCUAUAUCUCUCUGCCUGUCUGUCAGACUCUCUCUAUCUCUCUCUCUGUCAGACUCUCUCUCUAUCUGUCUCUCUCUAUCUCUCUAUCUGUCUCUCUCUAUCUCUCUCUAUCUCUAUCUCUCUCUAUCUCUAUCUCUCUCUAUCUCUCUCUAUCUCUAUCUCUCUCUAUCUCUAUCUCUCUAUCUGUCUCUCUCUAUCUGUCUCUCUCUCUCUAUCUCUAUCUCUCUAUCUGUCUGUCUCUCUCUCUCUCUAUCUCUAUAUAUAUAAUAUAUGUGUGUGUGUGUGAUUGGGUGUAUCAGUAG